CAUCUAUAAAAUCGAGCAAAACAAUCCAGAUUGUGGUAACAUCAAAACCACUAGCAAUUGCCAUACCAACCGAUGUUGCUUUAGCAACGGGCACUGCUACGCAGACCUCUACAAUUGCACCUUCUACGACACCUGAUGCAUCAACAAGAGUCCCAUCACCGACAAAUGCUACCAUACCAAGUCCUGUAACCAAACCAACAACAAACUCCAACCAAACUCCGGUUGCUAUACCAAAGACAGUUUCCCGAUCAACCACAAAACAAACCACCACCAGCAAUCCAAAACAGGUUAUCAUGGCAACAACAAUUUUCACAUCACCCAUAGCGCAUUCCACCACCACUACAACAACGGCUCGUGUACCUGCAAUCCCUAACAGGCCUGAACAUUAUAAUGCUCAGCAUCAUAUGGGGCUCACUGUUGGCCUUACAGCUGGGUUAUUGACAACGUUGUUUCUCGGCUCAAUGGCAAUCACAGUCUUUCUCCUCUGUCGAAGGAGAAAGAACGUUGAUCCAACGUUACCUCGUUGCAGAAGAGGACGUGUACAAAGUGGUACAACCCAUGUUCCACCAACCGUACGUAGCGUUCGAGGAAUGUCAGUCUCUUCUCCAUUUGCAAUGAACGCGUUCUACACACCUGGCUAUACAGCUUAUCGUUGGCAAGGUGACGGUCAGUCUCAAGGUCAUGUUGAAGGUCAGGGCCAACCUCACGUUCACUUAACAAAUAUAGUGCCCCCGGCUUACAAUACGUUGUCUCCUAGGUUACCACCGAGAGCUCCACAUGGAAAUCUAUAUUCUUCAGACCCUACCAUAGGGGGCACUACUGGAGGGGCCACUGGAGGUACUUACCCUACUCCUAAUGCGAGCACAUGUCAUAGCCCAGUUCUUCCGAGUCAUCCUCCACCGAAAUAUGAAACUCUAGAACACUAUAGCCACACGGAAUACACUUAUCAGAAUACUCAGAAUGAUGGGAUUUAUGAAAGCAUUGCAUCCAGAGGAGGUAAUGCUAGACCAUCAGCUUCAGGUGGCAUCUGAACAAAUACUCAAUCAGGGACUUGGGCACUUAAUUAAUUAGUUUAUAUGAUCAUAAGCUUUCUAAAGGCAACAUCUAGUAAAAGACUAUGAUAUGAUGUCGGAUAUGUGUAUAUGAUGAUCCUGAAAACAAAGUUCGAUACAAAACGGUAUAAUAUACUUUAUCAUCUCCUUAUGAUCCUAUAUCUCAUUAUUGGAGGCCCUAGCUGACGAGGCAUAAACACGGUGACUAUCAAGGCCCCGUAUCGCGAGCAAGUUCCUGCUGACAUCGCGAGCAAUGAGCUCAUGU